AUGGAGCUAAUCACGACUGGGCGAGGGGUGACAGAGGAGGAGGCAGCAGCAGGCAGGGCGUCGUGUGUGGCGCUGCGGCAUGCACUGCAGCAGCAGCUGAGGCAGGCUGGUGCAGAGGCCUUCAUCGCCCCUGCUGCCACCGGCUUCCCUCCUCCCCUCCAUCAAGGCACGACAGGAGACCCCAUCAUGGCCAUCCCCUGGAGCCACUCCGGUCUGUCCACUGUCACCAUGCUAGUCGCCCUGUGA